UACCUUCGAAACCGUAUCACAAUCACUUCAUUCGUCUAGCAAGAACACAGCAGCGGCCUAACCGUAGCUAGCACAACACUAAACACCUAAAAUGGCAUUCAAAUUCGCCGUCUUCGCCGCCAUAGUGGCCGUUGCCAGCGCCGUCGCCAUCCACCCCUCUCCGUUGGGAGCUUACCACGCUCCGCUCGGAGCCUACCAUGCUCCUCUGGGAGCCUACCAUGCUCCGCUCGGAGCCUACCGUGCUCCUCUUGGAGCUUACCCUGCUGUGGCCAAGGUCGCUGCUCCUCUUGCCGUCGCUAAGGUUGCUGCUCCGUACGCUGAAUACGAUGCCAACCCUCAGUACAGCUACAGCUAUGCCGUUGCCGAUGCCGUGACUGGAGACAACAAGAACCAGCAGGAGUCCCGCUCCGGAGAUGUUGUGACUGGAUCCUACUCUCUGGUUGAGCCCGAUGGUACCCGUCGUACUGUUGAGUACAACGCUGACCCCAUCAACGGAUUCAACGCCGUCGUCCACCGUGAGCCGCUGGCCGUCAAGGCUGUCGCCCCAAUUGCCAACUACGCUGCUCCGCUGGCCUAUCCUGCCGUCGCCAAGGUUGCUGCCCCGUACGCUCCUUACGGAUACCCAGCUUACGGCAAGGCCAUCCUUGGUUAAGCCCUCAUCUUCAUCCCAUGAGACGCGAAAUCGAUUCCAUUUUCCAGUACCCAAUGCUCACGCUUCACCCUGAAGUCAUUAGAUAGCAUCGCCUGUUAUUUAUUUUUCAUCUCUUCAUUUCCUUCUCAUCGCUGUUUUUGUUACCCUAUGAGCGAUUUGAACAUUCAUGUACAUAUGAAAAUGGGAUUUGCUUCGCUACCAGAAGCUGCCUGAACACAUGCUUAUGUUAGCAUUUUCUUUUAGCAAACCAAUCGUGAUUUGACUGUGUGUGACAAGAUGUGUGAAACUAUUGCUACUGUUGUGUAACAAGAAAAAAUCAAUUCAAAUGUUGAUACAAAUAAAAUCAGCAUCACCAAUUAAAAA